AUGAAACAAAAUAUUUAUUUUAUUGAUUCUCAAGAUGCUGCAUAUCAUAAAGUAAACUUAACUAAACAAGCUAAAUUAUCAGAUCGUUGUCCACAUAUUAAUGAAUUAUUUAAUAAAAUAAUUGUUGAUUAUCAUCUUCUUCGACGUAUAAAAUAUGAUCAAGAAGGACAACGUUUAAGUGAUUGUUUUCAAUUUAAUCAUACGAUGAAAUAUGAUUGUUUAGGAGAAAAUGAAUGUAUGAAUGAUGGCCAAUGUUUUCUAAUUGGAUCAAAAUGUACGAAAAAAGCCACUUGUCUUUGUCCUUCAUGUUCUUCUAGAGGACGAUCUCAAUUUACUGCAAGUAGAUUCAGUUUAUCCCUUGAUAAUAUUUUAGGUUAUCAUAUUUAA